AUGUCGGUCGGCGCUCGAGUAAUGCCGGAGUGCUCCAUCAUCCUCACGGACUUCUUCGAGAUCUAUGGCGGGGGACGGCUUCAAGGUCCACCCAUCCAGAAGGAAUACCUCCAAGGAGCUGUGGCUGCGGUACCUUUCGGACGGCUUCUGGACGUGCUGCCUGGCAUUUGUCCGGCUCAGCCUAAAAAGACUGGAUCUGCCUCGGCAGUCCCGCUCUGUCUGUGUGGAUACCUGAUUCUUCGGCUUCAGCGAACAAGGCCUUACUGGCACAAGACAGGAUCUUGCAUCUGGAAGGCAAGGUACAUGGCUCUGAUCCUGUCACAGUCGCGAGGGAUGCCGAGCUCCGAAAACAAACAGCAGUCAGCCGUGGCUUCAAGCGCACAGAUGCACUAA